GUAACCUUUGACCCGGUAAUUUUUAACAACAUGGAGAUUUUUGGGCGAAAAGGUCGGAACAGAUAUUCUCACCCUGAUUUCAAGUCGGCUUCUGCCAUGAAUCUACUGGUGAUUUUCAUUCUUUUCGUUGGAAAAGCUGUUGCGGAUACGUGCGUGGCUGGAGACUUUGAUUUAACUCCCAUACAGAACUGGAAAACAUGGACGCUCAGAACGGAAAAGCUAGCCACCACAUCGUCAAUGUUUUACAUGAACUUGUGCGACACCAUCCAGGCGACGGGGAGCGGGAACGCUUGCUCUAGCGACAGCUCCAUGUGCCUCAAGAUGGACCAGACUUACACCAAAAUUGGGAACCACAACCAAACGCUUCUCCCCACGGCGAAUGCCGAGGGCGGAGGUUUCCGUCUGGAUUAUCGGGGGGACGAAUGCGCCAACAGCACGCAAACGCCAAAGGAGAAGUGGCAGACGACAAUUGACUUCAAGUGCGACAAAACCUUGGGUUCGCCAAUCUUCAUUGAGCGUUCCGGCUGCACCUACUUCUUCGAGUGGCACAGCACGGUGGCCUGCAAGAACCUGGCCACAGCGGCCGUCCAUGAAGUGCCCUGCUCCGUCUACGACAACAACAACAAGAAACGAGACUUGACGCCGCUCAUCAAGCAACAAGGGGGUUACAAAGUAGACUCGGACGCAACCGACCAAGACCUGUAUAUCAAUGUAUGCAGGGAUAUCACACCAGAUGAGCCAACUGCCGAUUGCCCCUCCGGCAGCGCGGCAUGUAGGAUCACGCAUUCCACUGGUGCUGACGGCGCCGUUACCCACAGCGUCGCUAGCGUGGGCGAGGCCUUCCAUCGCUUGCAGACUAUUAGCCAUGAGCAGUUGGAGCUACGUUACAACGUCAGCACUACCCCAGCGGAUUGCCUCAGCUCUCCACAGGUCACCAUCGAGUUUGUGUGUCCUCGGGAAGAUGGCAGAAAUGAAGGGAGUCAAAAUCCCAAGCUCCUGUCCAGCACCAACUGCCACUAUGAGGUGCAGUGGGUGACUGAGUUUGCUUGCGAGGCAGAGAUGCUGACCACAGACACCUGUGCCUUCACUAAUGACAAGCACGGCAUCGAUCUGGACCUCAGCCCGCUAACCGACAAACAAAAGCAACACCCUAAAGUUGCCGAGGCUUCAGGCUACAAAUAUUGGAUGGAUGUUUGUCAGGACAUGGCCAUCGGUUGCCUGGAUGAGGACCAUAACGGAGCCGUGUGUCAAGAAUCGGUGCCCGGAGGAAACCGUCUCGUUGCUGGCGUCAGUAAAAACCACGUGCUUAGUUACGCUGAUGGAGAACUGACGCUGACCUACAAGGGCGGAGAUGUAUGCAAUCAUAAUCAGUUCCCCCGGACAUCUGUCAUCUCAUUUGAAUGCAACAAGACUGCGGGUGUAGGCAACCCUACUUUUGUGACGGAGACCGAGUGCACGUAUUUAUUUGAGUGGCAGACAGAGUACGCCUGCCUGGACCACCCGCUGGGCAAGACCUGCCGCGUGGACGUCGGCAACCAGCACUACGACCUCUCACCCCUGGUCCGAGAGUUCGGGUCCAACUGGCAGGCCCUGGACGGCCAGCACGACCACUCAGCAACGACGGAAGGCGAGUACUUCAUCAACGUCUGUGCUGAGAUCCUGCCGGAGGGGCUGCACGACCAUCCGCCGUGUCCUGAGAAAUCGGCAGCGUGUUUAAUUGCCCAUGGAGAUAAUGCCAUUAGUCUUGGCCAAUACAAGGAGUCACCGGUUUUCCGUAAUGGCCACAUUACACUGACGUACUACAACGGAACUGACUGCAAUGGCAAAGCAAUGACUGUCAUUACAUUCAUAUGUGCUUACGGUGAUUUGGAGAGUGCGCCCUCGUUCGUCCGUAAAUCGUUAGACGGCUGUAUGUACGAGUUUGAGUGGAGGACCGCAGCUGCCUGCCCCCUGGGCCACAAAUGGGGGACAGACUGCCGGGUGUUUGAUGACGAUGCUGGUUUCUCCUUUGAUCUGAGCCGCCUCACGUCGGCCACCAAGUACUACAACAUGACAGGCGGCGAUUACGAUUACUACAUCAACGUCUGCGCGCCAAUAGUCAACACCCCUUGCAAUGAGGAAGGAAUCGCGGACGCUGCCGCUUGCCAGGUCAAAAAAGAUUCUACUGCUGGUGAUAAGUGGGUCCUGGGACGUGUCAACAAAACUUUGGAGUACUUUGACGGAGUUGUCAAGCUGACGUAUCUGAACGGAGAUCCUUACCAUGUCCAGGAUGGUUUGGAGCCACCCAAACGAAGGACCGAGAUAGCCUUCCUCUGCGCACCAGACCAGGACCCAGGCUACCCGACCUUCAAGUACGAGGCAGACAAUGCGUACGUCUUCAACUGGUACACCAAGUACGCCUGCCCAGAAGAUCCCAUCGAGUGUGUGGUUACCGAUGAAGAAACUCAUACUCAAUAUGACUUAUCAAGCUUGUCCAAAUCUCUGGAGGAGGACAAUUGGUCGUUUGUGGACGAUUCCGAUCCCCAAGGCAACCGCAAGAAGUAUUACAUCAACGUGUGUCGGCCUGUCAACCCGGUCAAGGGCUGCGGUGCUUUUGCCGGCGCCUGCCAGACCGAAUUUAACAACAAUCAGGAGGUUCUUAGCAUCAGCUCCCUGGGCGUUCCCAAGUCCAAGCCGGUCAUCGAGAGCCAGGGUCACCUACUGCUGACCUACGUCAACGGCAGCGCGUGCAACGGAGGACAGGGACAGGUGGAAAGCAGGAUCCACUUCAGCUGCAGAAAAGGCGUGCUGGGGAGCAGCCCGCGUCUCCUCGAGAAAGUCAACGAUUGUCUCUACUCGUUCAUCUGGGAGACGGAGGCGGCCUGCACCAUCGACGCGACGAGCGGGGAAGACUGUACCGUCAAGGAUCCCAACUCGGAAUACGUCUUCAACAUGCAGACGCUCGUCAAACCAGACGGCUUUUACGAGGUCCCGGGCCCGUCCGGAACUCUUUUCCAGCUGAACAUCUGUGACAACGUUACUGGCGGCGACAGCCACUGUGUCUCGGCCGAUGGCACGGCCCUCAGCUCCUGCAAGAUUGCCGCCGACGGCAGCACGGCGGAGAACAUCGGCAAGGUCUCAAAGACACUGAAAUUCUCAGACGACGGUCUUCUGACGCUAUCGUACCAGGGCAAAGAAUUGGACACAGGUUUCCACUUGAAGACAGAGAUCACAUUCCUGUGUCGUCACAAUGUCUCCCUGUCUGCCCAGAAACCAACCUUCCAUCGUCAGGAAGGCAACACCUACAUCUUCAACUUCGAGACGCCCCUCGCGUGCCUGCCGGAGUCCGUGGAUUGCCUGGUAUCCGACGACAAGGGUAACCAGUACGACCUGUCAUCCCUGGCAAAGGAUGACGGGAACUGGGAGGCCGUGGACACGCGGCCGAAGAUGACAAUGAGUUAUUACAUCAACGUGUGUCGGCCGGUCAACUCGCUUGGCACCGACACGCAGUUUUGCCCAGGGGGGCCGAUCGGAGCCUGUCAGACAACGGCAGACAGUAAGGCGUUCAACAUGGGCUACGUGCAAGCUAUGCCCGAGGCCGCGGUAGACGGUUCCCUCAGCAUACGCUACGUCAACGGCGAUCUGUGCCACGGAAAGUACCACCGCAGCACGCGCAUCAACUUCGAGUGCUCCACCACACCGGGGUCGCCAGUGUUUGAACUGGAAACAGAUAGCUGUGAGUACAUAUUCACAUGGGAGACACCGGCAGCCUGCCCACUACAGAGAGUUACCGGCUCAGAAUGUAAGGUCCAAGUCCCAAACUACGAAUUCCAAUACGACUUGACACUCCUCCACAACACAGAGACAGACUAUGUAGUCAGCGUGCCGCCUUAUGAGUAUCGUAUCAAUGUUUGUGGUCCGUUGGUCGCCGGUGAGGAGGAGUGUAAUGUCAACAACGUUGGAGCAUGCCAGAAAAAGACGGGGGACCAGGGAUUCAUCAAAAAUGCAGGCAUGUUUAACCAGAAACUGCAAUACAACGACGGCUCACUGAAGCUAAACUACACCACGGGGGUCAAGAACUGCCAUUCAAAUACCUACGAGCGAUCCACCGCCAUCAACUUCUUCUGCGAUGAAGGAAUACAGGGAAAUGGCGAGCCUACGUUUAUUCAGGAGGACUCAGAUUGCACAUACAUCUUUGAGUGGGCAACCCCGCAAGCCUGCCCUCCAUUUAAGGUUGUGGAGUGCAGCUACAGCGACAGGAAUCAACAGUUUGACCUUGCGUCGCUGGCUCGGGUCGAUGACAACUACCGCAUUGACCCUAUGGCGACAGUCGGGACCGAUGUUUAUUACAUCAAUGUGUGUCGCUCACUACUGCACAAGACGCAAGCACAAGGUUCCAGCUGUCCUCACAAUGCAGCUGCCUGCCUGAAGCAAGGUGACAAGUACUUUAACUUGGGCGAGGUCAUCCAAGGCCCCACCAUGGAGAGCGGUCACCUGGUCCUGAGGUACGAGUCAGGUGACCCGUGCCCCUCAGGGGGCGGGGCCAAACGCAGCUCCAUCGUCAGCCUCGAGUGCGACAAGGAGGGAGUGGGAAGCACUCCCCAGUAUAGCUACACCAGCGACAAUUGCGAGUACCACUUCAUCUGGCUGACCAACUUGGCUUGCACCAUCAAUAACGAGACAGAGGUAUUAACGGAUGAUUGCACCGCCGUCAAUCCUGCAACUGGUUUCAAGUUCGACUUGAACAUCUUGAAGAGUGCCGAGGGUUACACAGUCAACAGUGACAAGGGGCAUCAGUAUCUUUUUUCGCUGUGUGCACCGCUGCAGGGCUCACCGUGUGAGGGGGACAACAUUGGGUCUUGUCAGACGGAAAAGACCGCCACAAAUCCCCGUAGUUUCAGCAGCGGUAGUUUCAAUCGCAAGCUUCACUACCACGAUGGCACCCUCUUCCUAAACUACGAGGACGGUGCGCCGUGCCACAACAAUGCAUUCACCCGUAGUACCAUCAUCAACUUUGUGUGCUCGCUGAACAAGGGCGCCAUCGGGGAACCGGUGUUUGUGGAUGAAUCGGAAGACUGCACCUACUACAUCUCGUGGCACACGACCGUUGUUUGCGAGGAAUUUAUUCAGUGCAACGUGAUCAACGGGUCACGGGUCAUCGACCUUUCACCCCUGGUCAGCGACCGUGGCUACUACCUGGCCAACUCCCUCACCGACGACGACGAUGAGAAGCAGUACUACAUCAACCUCUGCCGACCUUUGAACCCUAUCCCGGGGGUCAGGUGCCCGCCGGGGUCGGCCGCGUGCUUGGACAAGGGCAACGGCCAAGUUAAUCUAGGGAGAGUCAGCGAAGGACCAAAGAUCGUUGAGGGACGCGUCGUCAUGAGCUACGCCAAGGGUGAUGUCUGCCCCGAAGACAAUUCAAAGAACAUCUCCACUGUCAUUACGCUGCUCUGUGAGCGGGGAACGUCACAGGGCACACCCACCAUGGACAGCUACAGCGAAUGCACCUACCACUUCUCCUGGCUGACCAAUGCCGUCUGUCCCCCCGCCAAGUCCUCCCCAGGCAAGGACUGUAAAUACUACGACGACAGGCUGCAGUAUGAGUACGACCUCAGCUCACUGGCUGAAACUGAAAAACAGGUAACUGGGCCAGAUAAUUCCAUAUACAACGUCCGCCUGUGCAACGCCGUGUCGGACAGUUCCUGCCAGGAUUCGUCAGUCUGUCUCCAUGACGGCGACAGCUCCUUCUCCCUGGGAACCGUGGAGUCUCAGAUGUUCCUGAUCGAGGGCCACAUCCUGAAACUGCAGUAUAGCAGCGGCUCACUUUGCGAACAAAGUGCUUCCAAGAAAAGAAAGACAACGAUUAUCUUCAAGUGUUCGGAAACUGUCAAGCCAAACCAGCCGACCUUCUUUUCUUCGGACAAUGCUUGCAACUACAUGUUCCAGUGGGAGACCCCCCUGGCCUGCCCACCACUGAGCAUGCCCUGUGACCUCGCCUACAUGGAGAAGAUCUUUGACCUCCAGCCUCUGUCACUAAUUACCGGCAGUUGGCAAUUUCAAGAUGAUGGUGGCAACAAAUACUACAUGAACCUGUGCCAGCCGGCCUUCAACACACCAGACGGUUGCCCUAAAGAGGCUUCUAUAUGCAGACAGAGGCCCAAUGGCAAGAUUGACAUACUAGGCAUGAUCUACACACAGCUGCUGAACGCCGAAGGAAAAGCCAGUGAUCCCAGUAUCCAAAUCAGCUUCAGAGGCGGGUCGCCAGGCGUCUGUGGGAAUGCGGCCGUUGCAGGGAGUGACAUCAUCCUCACAUGCGCCAACGUUGUCGGACGUCCCAAAUUGAAAAGUGUGUCCACGGCCAACGAUGCGGAUUGUACUUUCACGUUCGUCUGGGAAUCCAAGGUUGCCUGUAGCGAAGAGAGGGUGGCUGUUGUGCUGAAAGAUGGAAAGGUGACUGAUCCGGAGACUAUGUCGACCUUUGACCUGUCACCCCUCAUCAAACACAGCACGUGGCAAGCAGAAGGUGAUGAAAGAGACGAGAAGAGUGGCCAGCAGUCUGUCUACAUGUACUACAUCAGUCUGGGCUCGGCUGGCUCCCAGGUGGACGGGGAUACCAACGGAGAGUGCAGCACGGCCGCCGUCUGCCAGAGCAAGAAAGACGACCCCUUCUUCAGGAACAUCGGGGACGUGACGAAGGAGAAAUUCUUCAUGAAAGAUGAAAUCUUAGAGAUGGUGAUCACCAACCCCAACUCCUGCGGAAAGGAGGACACAGAGGACGUUGAGACGACAAUCGUUUUCAGAUGCGACCCCUCGGUAGCACUGGGUCAACCCAGAUUCGACUUUGAAUCGGUCAGUUGCCAGUACUACUUCAUCUGGACUACGUCUGCAAUGUGCAGCACACUGACUCCAACAGAAGCCCCAAAUCACAACGGUGGCAGCGGUGGCAAAGGAGACAAAGGGGGAACUGAUGGCCCUGCUAGUGGUUCUGGCUCCAAGAUCCCUGCGGUCAUAGGCAUACUGGCAGGAGUUGUGGUGCUCUGUCUGCUCAUUAUUGUAUUCCACAAGUCGGAAAGAAGGUCAGCAGUCUACUAUAAACUGAGAGGCUUCUUCCCUGGUGCAUACAGUAAGGUCCCCACUUACUCAUAUUCACAGCUUUCCAACGGGGACGUUGAGGAGUCCUUACUGGGCCAGAGCAACGCCCGAGGCAUCUACAGCGAUGACGAGGACGAGGACUUGCUCAAAGACAACAGCAGGGGCAACCCCAUUGAGUACAGAGACGACAGCGAUGAGGAAAUCUUGCCCAGUGUAUAAUGCGCACUCAGUGUGUGGAGUUAUAAAGGUCUGUUUUCAAUUUCAGUGUUCAAGACUAGAAUCCAUGGUGCAGAAAUGAUCGAGUACUUAGUAACAUGUAGGCAUUCUGAGUAUAAGUGCCUGUCAUUGUGGGAGAGCGCCCUCUACUGCUGGAGGCUUUCACUUCGCUGGAUUCAGUCGUUCACUCGCGAUGUAAGACCCUCUGCCUAAUCGGCAGGAACAGCUUCUAUGAUACUCAGAAAUGCACUGUAAUGUGCUGGAACUUUAAAGCCUUUGGAAUUUUUCUAUUAGAACUGAUAAAUGUUCCAACAAGUUGAUGUGAAUUACGUGGUUCUGUGAUUAAAUGUUUCCCCACCUCUGAAGAAUAAAGCUGGAUAAAUUUUGUAUAUUUCGCAAUGAUAUACCAGAUAGAACGUUUGAUUUGCUGUUAUGGUGUUGAGUAUCGUUAAGUUCCACUGGGAACAAGUUUGGUUCCUGUCUUGUCCCAGUCUUCUCACAGUGAUUCCGUUUGGUUCCAGGUGGUACGAUCCGGUUCCAGGUGGAACAAUCCAGUUCCAGUUUUGUGUGUUUGGUUCCAGUGGGUAUUAAACCACUUAAUUUUUUACUGAUUCAUUGGGGUUCUAUGUGGUACCUUCUGGUUCCAAUUCAAUCCAGUUGGUUAAGUCAUGGUUACGUUUGGUUCCAGUGUGUACUAAACCAGUUAGACUCCAUUUUGACUAGUUCAUCAAGGUUCUAUGUGGUACCUUCUAGUUCCAAUUCAAUCCAGUUGGUUAAGUCAUGGUUAAGUUCGGUUCCAGUGUGUACUAAACCAGUUAGACUCAAGUAUGACUAGUUCAUCAAGGUUCUAUGAGGUACCUUCUGUUCCAAUUUGUUACAGUUUGUUCCAGUUGGAACUAACCAUUCCUAGUUGGUUCUAAGCGGUUCAUUUUUGUUCCAGGUUGUCCAGUAUCGAUUCUUUUCUAAUUGUUAUUAUUGAGUUCUAAUAUGUAAAUACUUGCUAUUGUUGGUCAUUUAUUAAUAUUAUAUUAGUGGGCGACGAUUCCUAUGUUUUGUACUUUGCUUACUGUAGUCUUUCCAUGUAUUAACCCAGACCCUACAGAAUCCACCAAAAUCUAAAGCCUUUUUUGAUGGAUUUUGAUGGAUUCAGGACUUUGCAGCCCAGCCACUGUUAUUUCACAAAGGCAUCUAUGUUGUUUUAUACAACGUGCCAUAGGAUUACUCCAGUGUUGGUUUUUGUGCGAUCCAAGGCGGCUUCUUACAAAAAUUACAAGUAAUUUCUAUGGGCAUGUAAGCUUUAAAAGAUGUUAUAUUUUCUGCUAUUUGUUUCGUGUGAUGAGUAAAACUCUGUACAACUCUACGAAUCUAUUGCUAUGUUAUUACCAUUGAGGUAUAAAGUGCGGUUAAAUCGUAUUAAAAAAAAAUAAUGUGUUUUAAUUAGGAAGGAGCAAACAAACUUUUGUAUCGGUUUAAAAAACAUGUGCAAAUUUAAUGUGAUUUUUGCUUAAUCCGUAAGUGUGCGUUCCAAGAAUUAUUAUGCGGUUACGACCUUUGUGUUUGUUACUGAAAUUGCUUGGCAAAAUGUUGACUUUCGUUUAAAGGUAGAGUAUGUCGUUUGUCAUUUGUGCACGUGUGUGCAUUGUUGUGUAAACGCUUGAUCUGAUACACCGUGCCCUCUGGAGACAUGCGCACAAUAGGGAACAAAAGAUUGUACACGUCUCCACAGGGCAAUUUCUAUAGAUGAAUACGUCUCCACAAGGUUUUCACGAAACAGAUAUAUGGAUUUUACUCAAAAACUAGGAAUUUCCAAGGUAUGAUGAUCUGUCGCAAAUGAUAGAGUUUAGAAAAGGGAUAUUAAUUCCGAAUUUCAGCCAAGGAAAUUAAUUCUGGUAAAAAUAAGAGCAUUUUGAAACUGUACUUUCAAACUCGAAAACAAGAAAUUUCUCCACAAGGAUACAAAUUUCAGUAUGUGAUGCGCGCCCCCAUUCACGGCUUCACCGAAUUAAAGACGAACCACUUACGAAAAGUUCCACGUGACUUUGGAAAUGAUCUUCCCCUUUUUUUUUGUUUCUUAGCUGCAAAUUACAUUCUCUACCUUUAAUAAUUGUGACAAAUAGAAUCAUGGGAAACUUUUCUGUAGUUUAUAGCAAGUUUAUUACAAUCUUGGUUAGAACCAUGGCAUCUGCAAACCAAACAAUAACAAUCAGUAUUAAGAACACAGAGAACAGUGGUACGGGAUUUCGUAGGCUGUUAAAGUACACAAAUCUAUUUACAAUGGGUGUAUAUUUUUGCUAACUGGGUUGAAAGUAUUCAAACUGUUUAACCGAGGUUAGGUUAUGAGGGAUUAAGGUUAACCAGAAGUAAGUUAUGUUUUAAAGUUUACAAGUAUUAAUGGAGUUAAUACAAGAGAAUAUCUCAACUUUACUGAGAAUAUACCGGGCUGAGGUACCACAACUCUUUCAAGGCAUUGAUUUGGUUUUGUAUCGGUCGCUAGAGGGCGCUCUAACAUUUUAUGACGUCACCGGUUAUUUUUUGUGAACUACAACCUAGCUAGAGACUUACAUCGUUGAAAGCAAGUUCACAUGCUAAGAAAGCCACAAAAAAAAAAAAGAUUUGAGGAAAUGUUGGUGAUCGUAGCCAAGAAAGGUCCCUGACCUAUGAAAAUUAUGAUUUGAUUUCAUUUUCAAAGAAUUGAUUUGAAAUCCUAAUAUAAUUUUUGCCGAGAUGGUUUCAAUAAAUUCUUAAACAUUUUCAUUUAAAGAAGAUUUGUUUGUUUUCUAAAAGGUGCUUAGAGGUUGACUGUCAAGUUUUUUUUAAUUUUACGUUCAAGAUUAUUUUGAAAUUUAAGUCUGAUUUAUUUUAGUUGAUGAUAUGUACUGUAAUAUUCCUUAUUAAGAGGUUUCUGAAAUUAAAAGUAUAUGGAAUCUUGCUUGUAAAAAUGAAAAGGAAGAAAAAUAAAUGCUUUAACAAAUCUGCUAAAAUGUAAAAUCUUUCA